CUGCAGCUGCACCCGGCGCCUCUCGCACUGGUUCCUCCACCUCGAACUUUCUCAAUGAUCUCAAUCACAUAAUCCCGGUGUGUCGCGGCUUUUGUCUGCAGGAGAGCGAGCUGGGGACCGGCAGGACGGGAAAUUUCAACUGCUUUCACGUCUCUGUCCGCUCGGCCUUGGAUCAAGCCGGCUACGGCAAGCGAGGAGGGUCUCAACGUGUUAAAGCGCUUCGGGCUCGCGCUGUGUCAACACUCCCACCGAGCCUUUGCGGAGGAACCACAAUGUCGGAGCAGGAGACUCUGAGGUGCUCCAGUGCCAGGAACCGUGGAGGAGUGCAGCGGGUCGAAGGAAAACUGCGAGCCAGUGUAGAAAAAGGGGAUUACUACGAAGCACACCAGAUGUACAGGACUUUAUUUUUUAGGUACAUGUCACAAGCAAAACAUGCUGAGGCCAGGGAGCUGAUGUACAACGGCGCCCUGCUCUUCUUCAGCUACAACCAGCAAAACAGUGCGGCAGAUCUGUCCAUGCUGGUGCUGGAGGUUUUGGAGAAAUCUGAUACAAAGGUUGAAGAAGAAAUAUUAGGAAACCUGGCUAAGCUGUUCAGCCUGAUGGACCAGAAUUCUCCAGAGAGAGUAGCAUUUGUGUCAAGAGCCCUGAAGUGGUCCACAGGAGGAUCUGGAAAGUUGGGUCACCCAAAAUUACACCAGCUGCUGGCUGUCACCCUGUGGAAAGAGCAAAACUACAGCGAGUCUCGUUAUCACUUCCUGCACUCGUCUGACGGAGAGGGCUGCGCUCAGAUGCUGGUGGAGUAUUCGGCGUCUCGAGGAUUCCGCAGCGAAGUCGACAUGUUUGUGGCGCAGGCCGUCCUACAGUUCCUCUGCUUAAAGAACAAAAACAGUGCUUCCGUGGUGUUCAGCACAUACACAGAGAAACACCCGUCCAUAGAGAAAGGCCCUCCCUUCGUCCAGCCUCUACUAAACUUUAUCUGGUUUCUGCUGCUGGCAGUUGAUGGGGGUAAAUUAACAGUUUUCACGGUGUUAUGUGAACAAUAUCAGCCCUCCUUGAAGAGGGACCCCAUGUAUAAUGAGUAUCUCGACAGAAUAGGACAGCUUUUCUUCGGCGUCCCGCCCAAACAGUCCCCGUCAUAUGGGGGUCUCCUAGGAAACCUGCUGAACAGCCUGAUGGGUUCAGGCGAGGAUGACGACGGGGCCGAGGAGGCCCAGGAGGACAGCAGCCCCAUCGAACUGGACUGAGGCCGCCGGCGCCCGGCGGGACGAGGACGACGAGCAAAUGAACACACGUACGGAGAAAAGGAAAAAAAAAAAAUAAAAGAGAGAAAGAGGAAGACGUUCCCGCCCCCACCCCCCACUUUCACCUCUUGAGGGGGGUCAGUGCGAGGCGCCGGUCCGUGUUUUCAGAGGCGUGCUUGUUCCACUUAAUAAAAACAACUCCCUCCUGCUUUCCUAAGUCCGACAAAUCCCAACAAGUACGACUCUGCCAAAACAGCCCCGUCAGCACUGCCUGGACUGACAAACAGCGCCAAACAGCAAACUCUUCCCGUGUUGAAUCUUUGUCAGAGUCCGUCAUCUUAUUCCAUUCAUCACAUAGGUUGAGACUCUCGCUCUCAUUCUUCUUAAGGCAAGAGGUGAGAAACAGUCCCGUGGAAGUGGCUGGUGUCUCCCCGUGUGGAGGACUGGCGGGGCUCCACUGAGCCGCUCUUCAUGUUGCCGUUCAGAGCCUCUUCAGUCAGCGCUUAAUUAAAAUAUGAAACGGGCCGCGUCACAGCUUCUCGUCUUCAGUUCGGUGGACAGAAAAAGGCAUCAGAGCUCUGUCGAGUUCUCCGAGGUCAUCCUGCACCUUAGACAUGAACAAAGUCAAGCUCUGGCAAUAUUAGAAGCACUGCAGACAGAGAAGUGACACUGGAGAUGAGUGGCAGUUAUGUUUUUGUUUUGUUUUUUUCCGUUUUUCUUUGUGGUUUGUUCCUCCUGGAGGGAGAUGGAGUCAAACAGCUCAGCCUGUGCACUUUCAAAACAAAAGUGUCCUGAAAAAGCUGCUGUUCAUCAGUGUGGAAUUGAUCUCUGCAUGGCUGGGUUCCUUGGUGUCCCAGCAGAGACCACCAGUCAGUGUCUCCUCAGGCUGCAGUCUGUCAGCUCUUUCUCUAUUUGAACAAAUUGUGCUUCUUUGUGUCUUUUUAAAGGAUUUCAGUCCAAGUUUGAAGUUCCAUCUUUCACGAAAAAAAAAAAAGUCAAAAAGUUCAGAGGUCUUCCGGUGUAAAGUAACGACCCGAUUGUGCUGAAUUU